UGGGCCUCGGUAUGCAUGCAAUCUUGAAGAUCGAUGGAACGAGAUGGUGACAUAGGCACAAGUAGAUCAUGUGGCGUACCAUCGUUCCGUCGAGGGAGAGUCGAGUUGAGCCGACCGACCGGCUCCCGCUGGGCGUAAAUAUGAAGCGUGGUGUGUAGAGGCGGCUCCCAGCUGGACGGACUUCUUGUACAUUGCUUCAUAUUGAUUUAUUCUACAGCACAAUGGCCACCGAAAAGCUCGAUGUCAUCAUCGUCGGUGCAGGCAUCUCAGGGAUCAACACGGCGUACUACCUGCAGGCGCGCGGGCCCGUUAACACGACCUACGCCAUUCUCGAGGGUCGGGGUCGUCUGGGCGGAACCUGGGAUUUGUUCCAAUACCCCGGCAUUCGAUCCGACUCGGACGUCUUCACCUUUGGCUUCUCGUGGAACCCAUGGAAGGGCACGAAGCCUAUCAGGCAGGGGCCCAACAUCUGGGCGUACCUCAACGAGUCGGCGGCCAAGGAAGGGAUUGACAAGAAGAUCCGCUAUCACCAAAAGGUCGUCGCGGCAGACUGGAAUUCGCAGGCUGAGCGCUGGACAUUACGAGUCCGCAAGAUCCACGAGGGGGCGAAAGAACAUGAACACGAAGAAGAGGAAGAGGUACUCUACGAAACCAAGUUCCUCGUCCUGGGAACAGGGUACUACAACUACGAACAACCCCUGGAGACGAUCAUCCCAGGGAUCCAGGAUUUCAAGGGACCUGUCAUUCGACCCCAGCACUGGCCCCAGGAUCUGGACUAUGUCAACAAGAACGUCGUCGUGAUCGGCUCGGGGGCCACCGCCAUCACCCUCGUGCCCAGCAUGGCCGAAGACGCGAGGAAGGUGACCAUGCUACAGCGCAGCCCCAGUUACCUCAUCAGCAUGGCGUCGAGUCAAAGCAUCCUGAUGAGGUGUCUGUGGGCUUUGCUCCCCACCGCGGUCAUGAGUCGAAUCCAGCGCCUCCGGUUCAUGGCCUUUAGCAAUGUCACGUACUUCUUCUGUCAAUGGUUCCCCCGCGCAGCAAAGAGGUUCAUCAAGGCACGCACCAUGGCGCAGUUGCCAGCCAACUACCCCUUUGAGCCGCACUUCAAACCUCGAUACAACCCCUGGGACCAGCGCAUGUGUCUAUGCCCGGAUGGCGACUUCUUUGCGGCCCUGCGGUCCACCAAGGCGGAUAUCGUGACAGAUACCAUCGAGCAGGUGACGGACAACGCAAUCAGGCUGCACAGCGGGAAGACAUUAAGGCCGGACAUUAUCGUCGCCGCGACGGGUCUGAAGCUACUGUUUGCGGGCGGCAUGGCGCUGACCAUUGACGGGCAGCCGCUGGACGCGCCCAGCAAGUUCACGUUCAAGGGAGCCAUGCUGCAAGACGCGCCCAACCUUGCGUUUGUGAUGGGCUACGCGAAUGCGUCCUGGACGCUGGGCGCGGAGGCGACAGCCAUCUUCCUGACGCGGCUCUGGCACGGGAUGAGGAAGAAGGGGAUCCGCGUAGUCACGCCGCGAGGCACGCAUCUCGAGAGGACCACGAUGGAGACCCAGCCGCUUCUGCCGCUGUCGUCCUCGUACGUGCACAAGGGCGCCAAGGACAUGCCAAAGGGGGGCACGGGCGUGUGGGCGCCCAGGCGGAAUUUCGUCAAGGACUUGUUCCUGGCCAGAACGACGGAUCCGCUGCAGGGGCUGGAGGUUCGUUGAUCUUGGAAAGUCGUGUCCUUUUAUGUCGUUUUUGUAUCUCUAUCAUCUUUAGUGCUCCAUGAUUUCUAAAUUUCCUUUUGAGAUAUCAGGACGUCCCAUAGUGAUGUCUCAUGAUCAUACCGAACAGCACCAGAUCAUCCAUCGCAUCGGCCACUGUCGUCUUGACGCUGUCCCCACGCACCACCAUGCCGUACAGUUUCCUCAACUCAAUGGUGUAGGGGUCCUCGUACGUCUUGCGGAUCGU